AUGUGGAAACAUGCAAAUGUACUACCAGUACCUAAAGAAUCUAUCUUAAACUCUCUUAAUCAACUAAGACCAAUCUCUUUAACAGAUAUUAUAAUGAGAUUAUUUGAAAGAAGUGUGUUCAAAACUGAGAUAGCACAUGUUACAAGACACGCUAUUGAUUCAGAUCAGUUUGCAUACAAGGAAGGUCACAAUUCGAUUAUGGCUCUGAUCAAGUGCCAACACACAUGGUUAAGAUGGUUAGAAGGAGAUGCAAAAUAUGUCAGAGUAUUAUCUUUUGACUUUCGCAAAGCAUUCGAUAGCGUUCCACACGAUAUUUUAUGUGAGAAGCUUAAGAAGCUCCCCAUCGACCCAUAUGUUACCAAUUGGCUGAUUAGUUUUUUGGAGGAUAGGAAACAGAGGGUAGUGGUUGAUGGAAUAGAAACUGAAUACGUGAACAUUAAUCGAGGUGUUCCCCAAGGAACAGUUCUGGGUCCUGUCCUCUUUUCGAUUAUGGUGAAUGAUAUCAAAACAGUUAACCCCAUAAACCAGUUAGUUAAGUUCGCGGAUGACAUGACAUUAGAAGUACCAGGGAAUGAAAACGGAGAUACUUCCCAAGCCGAAGUGGACAGUAUACAAACAUGGUCUGAAAAUAAUCGAAUGUCCUUAAAUAUGGAAAAGACGUAUGAAAUGAUUGUUAGGAGAAAUAUCCCUACGCUGUUGCCUGAUCCUUUUCCAUUUAUUAAACGAAGGACGUGGUUAAAGAUUUUAGGAAUCACAUUACAGGAUCUCCCUUCCAAGUGGGAUUUGCAUUUUGAUGAAAUGUUGAAAAAAGCCAGUGCAAGAAUGUACAUAAUGCGUGUCUGUAAAUACUAUGGCUUCCCAAUCAAACAACUGGACAUGCUGUUUAGCACUUUAAUUAUGCCUAUAAUCACUUACGGCAUAGAACUUUGGGGAGGCGCAUACUUCAAUAAAUACAUUAGUCAAAUAGACAAAUUCAUCAAUCGCGCUCACAGAAAUGGUUACAUAUCGGAAAAAUUGAAUAUUAAGGAGAUAAGCAUCAAAAGGGACAAGAAACUUUGGGAUAAAGUAAUACAUAAUAAAGACAAUGCACUACAGGAGCUUUUACCAGAUAAAUUAAAUAGACACCUUAGGCCAAGGGGACACGAGUUUGAACUUCCAUUAGUGAGAACAGAGCGAUUUAAAAGUUCUUUUGUAAAUCGAUGUUUGUUUAACUUUGUUUAA